AUGGCUCCUGAGGCCCAAGCAAAUCAAGGGCUAUAUGCAUCUGGGCACUUGUGUGGGGUCCCUGGGAGUUUGGCCAACCUUUCAAAAGCCCUGGAGAGACUCCGGAACAUUUUACAAAAGUUAGGAAAUGGGUCCAACAGGUUAGGCGGUUCUGCCCGACGUCUCACACCAGUGUGGUCCCUGACUCAGCCCAAAUCCAGAGCUUCUAGGGCUUUGGGCAUGGAAGAUGAAGGGUGGCCCGAGGGGAGAGAAGAUUGGAGGAAGCACCACCGAAGGCACGAAGGGACAAGCAGGGCUGGCGAGGAGGAAGGGCGACUCGUGACGCACGGUGGGAGCGCAAGCGCCGCCGCAGGGACUUGGCGACCAGGUGGAUCCCGCGCCCCCGGCCCGCCCGGCGACGGCGAGCAGGAGUACGUGAGCCCCGACUGGGCCGGCCCGCCAGAGCCUGGCGCGCCGCCCGCCGAGAUCCCCUACGAGGAGCUGUGGACGCACCAGGCGGCCGAGGGCCGGACGCGGCCGCCCCCCGGGCCCGACCUCAUCUCCUUCGGGGCCGCCGGGCCGCCCCGCCUGGAGCCGGAGGCGCCGCCGCCGCCUCCCGUCCCUCCCAAGUCCGAGGCGGUGAAGGAGGAGUGCCGCCUGCUCAAUGCCCCACCUGUGCCUCCCCGGGGUGGCAAUGGCAGCGGCCGGCCCUCGGGCAGCCCCCCGGUGCCCCCGCGCUUCCCCAAGCUGCAGCCCAUCCACUCCCCCAGCUCCAGCCUCUCCUACUACUCCUCUGGCCUCCAGGAUGGGGCAGCCUCCCGCAGCGGCAGCGGCUCACCGUCACCGGAUGCCUACUCCCUUUACUGCUACCCGUGCACCUGGGGAGACUGCAAGGCCGGCGAGGCCUCCGGCCGCCCACCCCCGGGACCCCUGCCCUCCACCACGCAGCCCAGCCAGGCCGCGCGGGCCCUCGCAGAGCCCCCGAGCAGUCGGGCUGCCUCCGUCUUGGGGGCUGACACCCCCGUCAAGGCGUACCACGGCUGCCCGCCUCUGUUCAAGCCCUCUCACCCACAGAAACGCUUUGCUCCGUUCGGAGCUCUCAACCCCUUUUCGGGGCCUGCCUACCCCUCGGGCCCUUCCGUGGCCGCCUCUCCUGGGCCCACGACCACCUCGGGCCCCCUGGCUACCUCCAGCCCUGCCUUUUCUCCAGGCCCAGGCUCACCAGGCCAGGCCUACUCAGCUGCUCCCCCCUCCUGUCCCACCUCCUCCUCCUCCUCUUCCGAGUGGCCGGAACCAGCCCUGGAGCCCUUUGAGCUGGGCCAGGGCGGUUCCCCGGAGCCCGAGAUGCUGCGCUGUCAGGAGCCCAGAGCUGUGGGGGCACCUGGGCCCGGACCCUGCCUCUCGCCACUCGGACCCCCCAAGGCCUUUGAACCAGAAGGUCUGGUGCUGCGGCAGGUCCCCACCCCACUGUCACCGGUGGCCCUGCAGGGGCCUGAGGCAGGCGGAGCUCGGCUCCUCCUCGCCCAAGGGCGCCUGGAGGGGCCUCCUGCCAGUCCCCGGGAGGGGGUCGCAGGCUGGGGAGGCCGGGAUGCCUCCUCCUGGCAGCCCCCCGCUGACCUGUCUGCACUCUCCCUGGAAGAAGUCUCUCGAAGUCUGCGUUUCAUCGGGCUCUCAGAGGACGUGGUGAGCUUCUUUGCCAGAGAACGCAUAGAUGGCAGCAUCUUCGUGCAGCUCAGCGAGGACAUCCUGGCCGAUGACUUCCACCUCACCAAGCUGCAGGUCAAGAAGAUCAUGCAGUUCAUCAAAGGCUGGCGGCCCAAGAUCUGAUGUUCCCGGCUCGUAGCUGCGCAACUGGAAGCUGGCACGGAGGCCCCGGGGCUGCAGGGGGACAGCCUGCGGGACCCAGGAGCCGGUCCCGCCUGCGAGGAGAUAAUCUAUGCCAAGACUGAGGCGGCCAGGCAGCCCCUCAGAGUGAAUCCAGACACACUUGGAAGUGGGGGACUCUGGGGUCAGACCCCUACACGAGGACAUCUGGCCUUUGUGCAGAGUAUGUGGGGAGGAGGCUGGAGGCACUGGGGCACACCUGGGCCUGGGGCCACACUGCUGUGAUUCCCGUGGAGGAAGGGCAUCGAAAGCUGGCCUUCGCGGUGACCUAACAUCUUCCCGUGUCCUUGUGCAGAACUUCACAGGCCUCUUGCACUUCUCAAGCUUGUAGGUUGAGGUUAGAGACCAGGGAAGAAGAUGGUCUGUAACUUAAGCACAAAUUCCCCAAGUGCCCUCUCCCCUCUGCCCUGUGGGCUUUUGGCCUAAGCUGCCCCAGAGUCUGGGUGCCGUUUCUGUAUCUCUGGGACGCCUUCCUUCCCCCUUCUGUGAAUCAGGGCCCUGGCCCCGCGCACUGGGGUAGCGAGUACAAGCCUGUGCCACCGUGCCCCGGAGGCUCCAGCUCUCGGUGCCGGUUUGCGGGUGAAGACCCUCGACGAGAACGGCCCUGCUGUUGACGUGCUCUAGUCGGGGAGCCGGGUGGUCCCCUGACGUCUCCGGUGCCCAGGCUUCUGCCUUCCAUCUUGCCAGGCUGGGUCCGGUCUGCGAAGAUUCUCACUCCGCCGAGGAGCAGGUAGAUUUAGGUCAGCCGCUCCUGGAUUCUGGAGGCGAGUGGCCUUCAGUCUCUCCCACUUCCCCUCUGCUCCCACUUCGCUUGAUUCUGGCCAGCACACGGUGCCGUCCUCCUGCUCUCUCUAGCUGGCACAGGUGGGGUGGGUGGGGAGAAAGCACGGUGGUUUGGGGAAACCUCGUUCCCCGUUCCUGGAGCCCAGGCCUCCUGCACUUGCUCAUGUGCCUCACAGCAGGCCCUCGUCCCCCAGAUCUCGGGCACGACGACCUGCUUGGCACCCGGAGGUUGGCCAUGGUGUACGAGCACCCGUUACUCCCCAGCCCCCGGGCUCUCCGUCUCCUCACCCGGGACCACACUAACUCUCGUGCCGCUGGCCUCAGGCCCCGGGUUACAGGCCUUCUCUUCUGCCUUACCUAGCCUUCCUAGAUAUUUAUUUCCUGUUUUUCUCUCAAGAGUAGUGAAGCCAUGCUGGUGCUCAGGCCCUGAGCUGAUGCCUCCGCUCCAGGGCAAGGGGAGUCGGGAAGCAGGACACACAAACUGAUGCUGAAGCAUUUGGUUUCCUUGUCGAUCCCUUAGUGAAUCCUCCGGGACUAGUGAAAUAAAUGCUAGAGCACCGGACAGUGCAGGUGGAA